CAUUGGAUUACAGUAAAUAGUCGGACGGAGCGAAGAACAGGAGGGCUGUCAGAUCGAAUUGAAAACGGUGACUCCCUGACUUCAGAGAACCGCUCCUGUCAGGAACGGCCUCUCUCUGUCCGCGACGCUGGACGGCCCAUGCUCCCGCAGUGCACCAUGGGUAGCUCUCCAGAGGUGCUGUCAUGGGCGUCGUGCCCCAGCCUGCUUGUUGGCAAGCUGAAGGAGGAGCUAAAGAACACUGUGGUGGGGGACAGCGUUAAGAAAACUUCCUCUCCCAACACCCCAGCCCCUCCCCUUCCUCUACCCCCCCAGAUCAUCACAGAUCUAGCGCCUCCCACACACCUCCUGGUUCCCCUGAUGACGCUCGCCCCACCCCCAUGCCAGGAUGAGGAGGCUAUGCUGGGCACCAGCCCACCAAUCACAGCGCUCAGUGAGGACUCUGGGCGGGAGCAGAGACAGUUUGACAACAGCGUGCUCCAAUUUCAGGAGCACGAGGAGGCGGAGUCACCGGCGUCAUGUGGCCAGGAGGGGUGUGGCAGCGGGGGCGAGGGGGAGGGGACAAGGGAGGGGUUGUGUCCCAUACACCAACACCACCCUGGGUCUGGAACCCACAACCACCCUCACCCCCAUGAUGACAUCAAACUGCACUUCCACAGAGCACCGGGAGGAGGGGGGUUCCUGGAGGGCCUGUUCGGCUGUCUCAGACCCGUCUGGAACAUCAUAGGGAAGACCUACAGCACUGAAUACAAGCUGCAGCAACAAGACAUGUGGGAGGUCCCGUUUGAGGAGAUCUCGGAGCUGCAGUGGCUUGGCAGUGGGGCGCAGGGGGCUGUCUUUCUGGGGAAGCUCCAUGGCAAUGAGGUGGCCAUCAAGAAGGUCCGUGAGCAGAAAGAGACAGACAUCAAACACCUGAGGAAGCUCAAACACCCCAACAUCAUCGGCUUCAAGGGUGUGUGCACCCAGGCUCCGUGCUACUGUAUCUUAAUGGAGUAUUGUUCCCAGGGCCAACUCUAUGAGGUUCUGAGGGCCGGACGGAAGGUGACCCCCAGACUGCUGGUGGACUGGGCCUCAGGGAUCGCCUCUGGGAUGAACUACCUGCACCUCCACAAGAUCAUACACAGAGACCUCAAGUCACCCAAUGUGCUGGUGACCCAACAAGACACCGUGAAGAUCAGUGACUUCGGGACGUCCAAGGAGCUCAGUGAUAAGAGUACUCAGAUGUCGUUCGCUGGUACGGUGGCCUGGAUGGCCCCAGAGGUCAUCAGGAACGAACCGGUGUCUGAGAAAGUAGACAUCUGGUCGUUUGGCGUGGUGUUAUGGGAGCUGUUGACUGGAGAGAUCCCCUAUAAAGACGUGGACUCCUCAGCCAUCAUCUGGGGUGUGGGUAGCAACAGCCUCCACCUCCCUGUUCCCUCCACAUGCCCUGAUGGGUUCAAGAUCCUCAUGAAGCAGACAUGGCAAGGGAAGCCCAGGAAUCGUCCGUCAUUCCGUCAAAUCCUACUCCAUCUGGACAUCGCCUCAGCUGAUAUCCUGGGAGCUCCUCAGGAGACCUACUUCAAGUCUCAGUCUGAGUGGAGGGAGGAGGUGAGGAAACACUUUGAGAAGAUCAAGUCUGAAGGAACCUGCAUCCACCGACUGGAUGAGGAGCUGAUCAAACGCAGGAGGGAUGAACUCAGACAUGCCCUGGACAUCAGGGAGCACUACGAGAGGAAGUUGGAGAGAGCUAACAACCUCUACAUGGAGCUGAGUGCCAUCAUGUUACAGCUGGAGGUCCGCGAGAAGGAGCUCAUCAAGAGAGAGUUGGCUGUGGAGAAGAAGUAUCCAGGUAACUACAAGCGUUCCCACCUGGUGCGGCCCAUCGUCAGGCCCAACGCCGUGGAGAAAUUCAUCAGGAAGAAAGGCUGCAUUUCCCACAAGACUGGGAUACCCCCUGCGAAGAGGCCGGACCUGCUGCGUUCCGAAGGUAUCCCAAGUGUGGAGGUGCUCCCAUCCCCCUCGCCCCACUCUACCAGCCCCAAGGUUUCCACACCACCUGGCAAGCAGAGGUACCGCAGCAAGCCUCGGCACCGCCGUGCCAACAGCAAGGGUUCCCACAGCGACUUCCCCGGGGUUCUGAAGACCGGGCCGGGGGCGGAGGCUACGGAGGAGCAACAACCCCUCGAAGACCACUACCAGCACCAACCUCUAGGGAAGCAGCACUAUCAUCAUCCUGCCACCGGGUGUGCUGUCCAAGAGCACUACGAGCACCACCACCACCCCCCACCACAGGGCCCUCUGCUGCCCCUGAAGAACAGAGAGGAAGCGGUGGUCAACUGUGCCAACAACCUGCGUUACUUCGGCCCGGCCGCGGCCCUGCGGAGCCCCCAGACAGACCACCUCCAACGCCGCCUGUCCGGCACCAGCCCUGACCUCAUCUCUACGGCCGUGGUGUCAGACUCACGCCAGCGCAGCAUCUCUGUAUCAGGCCCCAGGGGGAGGGGUGGAACACUGUGCCCCUGCUGCCAGGCACACCCCUUCCCAGGCUGCCUGCACUGCCAGGAGACGCCCCCGGCCCCCAGCCACCCAGAGCUGCCACACUACUCCCUGCUGUCCACCUGUGAGGGCUCAUCCCCCUCCCUGUCCAGAGUACCUGACCCCACGGCAGAGGGAGAGCAGCAGGAGAAGCAGGAUACAGCUCGGAAGAGCAGCUUACCCUCUGGAGCUGGCCUCCCACGCAACCUCAGGCCCCUCAGGAAGGCUGGUGAUGAGUCGUCAGAGGAGGAGGAGGGGGAGGUGGACAGUGAGGUGGAGUUUCCACGGAGACAGAGACCACACCGCUGUAUGAGGUCGUUCCAGUCCUACUCCACCUUCAGCUCAGAGAACCUGUCUGUAUCUGAGGAAGAGGAGGGUAACACCAGUGACCGCUCCCACAGCGGACCCCUGGAGCUCCUUUCAGCCUCUCAGGAGGACCACCUGGAUGAGCUGCUAUCCCACACACCUGACAUCCCCAUCGACAUCAACACCCAGUCAGACGGCCUGUCUGAUAAGGAGUGUGCUGUCCGCAGGGUCAAGACCCAGAUCUCCCUGGGGAAACUGUGUUCUGAUGAGCACAGCUAUGAGAACCCGCUGCACUUUGACUCUGACUGUGAUUCCUCUGAUGCAGAGUGUUCUGAUGCCACCAUUAAGAACAACCAGCCUGGCGCACACACCUCCUGGUGAUCAGCCUCCCCAUGGAAAAUCCUGGGGGCCACUCGGCCCUCCUGUCUGCUUGGAAAAACUCUGGGCCCCAGGACCCUACAGGGCCAUAGCAACGCCCCUGCAAUAGAUCCUCCCCCUACUUCCUCACUGCAUAGCAUCCCCAUUCCCCCCAGACAACCUAAGCAGGGAUCCCUUUUGAAUGAUAUUAGAUAUAUAUACCGUAGAUAGAUGAUUGUGUAACAGUUUGAGGGAAAAAUCAGGAACUCUGUAAAACUUAAGAAGAAACAACAACAAAACGGUUAAUUGUAAGAUACUGGUGAGGAUGAUGAUGAUGAAGAGGACGCAGUGCAGCUUGGACCAGCCAGAGACUAUAAACUAACCAGUGGGUAACAGUGACUGUGUUACUGUAGGGCUGGGCAGGGUGUGUGUGUGUGUGUGUGUGUGUGUGUGUGUGUGUGUGUGUGUGUGUGUGUGUGUGUGUGUGUGUGUGUGUGUGUGUGUGUGUGUGUGUGUGUGUGUGUGUGUGUGUGUGUGUGUGUGUGUGUGUGUGUGUGUGUGUGUGUGUGUCAGGUGCUGGUCUCUCAGGCCAUUGUCAGUACUCCAGAACAGUACAGUGAGUACGUUUACAUGCACACUAAUAAUUCGAUAUUAAACUGAUUAUGCCAGUAGGCAGAUUAUGCAAUAGUCAUGUAAACACCUUACUCUGCUUAUCUUAACUGGCGUAAGGUCAAAAUGGAAGGAAGUAUACACCGAUUAAAACACCUGGUUUUCUGAGCCAUCUGUUGAAUUA